AUGAGCGGCUACGCGAAAGACUCCGCGGGGAAAAACCCUCGCAUCCUGGCGUUGUUUGACGUGGAUGGGACGCUGACAGAAGCGCGCAAAGUGGUUUCACCAGAGACGGUUUCCUUUUUACAGGCCUUGCGGACAAAGAUCUGCACCGGCGUUGUGGGAGGCUCCGACAUGGUGAAGCAGAAGGAGCAGCUGGGUGACAGUCCAAUGUUGUUUGACUAUGCAUUCUCAGAGAAUGGAUUGCUGGCAUACAAGGAUGGCCAGAAAAUUGGCGAGACGUCGAUUGUGAAGCAUCUCGGAGAGGAGAAGCUGAAGAAGCUCAUCAAUUGGGCCCUGAGGUACUUUGCAGAUCUGGACAUUCCAAUCAAACGCGGCACAUUCAUCGAAUUCCGUCAGGGCAUGCUGAACAUGUCUCCUAUUGGCCGCAACUGCAGCAGAGAAGAGCGAAACGACUUCGAAAAGUUCGACUUAGCUAAUGGCAUCCGCCAGACCAUGGUGGAAAAGAUGCGGAAGGAGUUUGCAGACUACGGCUUGAGCUUCUCCAUAGGUGGGCAAGUCUCUUUUGACGUGUUUCCGACCGGUUGGGACAAGACCUAUUGCUUGCGAUAUCUCCCAGAAGCCGACUUUGACGUUGGAGGAGCUUUUUGGUGUCCCAGCACCAAAAUCUUUGACGCCACCAAGUACGAGUAUGACUUGUUCGUCAUCGGCGGCGGUUCUGGUGGUCUGGCAGCCGCCAAGCAAGCUGCCGACCUUGGGGUCAAGGUCGCCGUCGCUGACUUUGUGAAGCCAUCGCCUGCUGGAACCACUUGGGGCCUGGGAGGCACGUGCGUGAAUGUGGGGUGCAUUCCGAAGAAGCUCAUGCACAUCUCAUCUUUGUACAGAGAAACCCAGGUUGAUGCACACGGCAUGGGUUGGGAAACAAAGUCUUCUCACAGCUGGUCUUCCAUGGUGACGCAGGUUGACAACUACAUCAAGUCCCUCAACUGGGGUGCGAAGACCGACCUGCGAAGCAAAGCUGUGAAGUACUACAAUGCCUUUGCCACCUUCAAGGAUCCUCACACGAUUUCCUUGGACAACGGAAAGGGCAAAGUGGAGGAGGUCACUGCCAAAAAUAUCCUCAUCGCUUGUGGUGGUCGACCUGCUUAUGGAGACUACCCAGGUGUCAAGGAAUGCUGCAUUAGCUCCGAUGACAUCUUUUGGCAAAAGAAGGCGCCUGGCAAAACGCUGGUGGUUGGAGCUUCGUACAUUGCUUUGGAGUGCGCAGGGUUCAUUUCUGCACUGGGCUUUGAUGUGACUGUCAUGGUACGGUCCAUCCUGUUGCGAGGCUUCGAUCAGGACAUUUCGAACAUGAUCGGCACGUACAUGGAGAGACACGGUGUCGGCUUUGCACGGGAAAUGGUUCCAUCCAAAUUUGAAAAGACCGCGGACGGCAAAGUCAAAGUGUUCGUGAAAGAUGCUGAGUACGGAGUUUUCGACACAGUGCUCAUGGCAAUUGGCCGGACUGGCUGCGCGGGCCAGUUGAAUCUGGAGGCUGCUGGUCUAUCUUACAACGCGAAGAGUGGGAAGGUCGAUGUGAACGACAACGACCAGACCAGCGUUCCCCACAUCUACGCCAUCGGAGAUGUGAUUGAGGGCAAGCCGGAGCUCACGCCUGUGGCUAUCCAGGCCGGAAAGCUCCUUUGCCGACGGCUCUUUGGCGGAGCUACGAAGAAGAUGGACUACACUGAUGUUGCCACAACCGUCUUCACGCCCAUUGAGUACGGAUGUGUGGGCUAUUCAGAGGAGGACGCAAAGAAAGCCCUCGGACAGGACAAGAUCAAGGUGUACCACUGCACUGCACAGCCGCUCGAGUGGAACCUCAACUCGGAGCGCAAGGAAGACAUGGGCUACAUGAAGCUGAUCGUCGACAAAGAGGCCAAGGAGAAGGUGGUGGGGAUCCACGUCCUCGGGCCGAACGCUGGGGAGAUCAUCCAGGGCUUGGCUGUGGCCAUCCGCUGCGGUGUGACCAAAGAGCACUUCGACGACUGCGUUGGUAUCCAUCCGACGUAUGCUGAGUCAUAUACAACUAUGACAGAAGAGAAGAAAGAGGGCUGUGCCCUUCCUACCAAGGGAGGCUGCUGA